AUGGACUCAGCAUCGUUUUCGCAACUGAGGCUUGCGAGCCGUGCCGCAUGCCGUCUGGUGGAGGCGCGGAUCUGGUGCAUCGCCGUUGGCGGGGAGGCAGGGGCCCCAGCAGUGGCGCUGGCAGCGGCCGUGGAGCGGUUCCCCUCUGUCGCAGAGCUGCAGAUUGAGAGCGUGGACGACGAGCAGCAGGCCGUCGAGCUGGAGCAGGCGCUCGAGGCCCUGCAGCCCGGCCUGGUGUGGCCGUCAGUGACGCUGCUCACCCUGCCUUGGGACGAGGAUGCGCCUGCGGCGCCCAUCAGCCCGGCUGCGCUCGCCCGUCUGGUGGCGCUCUGCCCCAGCCUCCAGGAGCUGCAGGGACUGCACAUCGCACUCAAACCGCCGCCGGCCGUGGCGCCCGCCGGCGGCAGCGCUGCGGGCGGCAGGGACGCGCGCGCCUUGGUCUUAAACGCGCUCGCCGGCGCUGCGUCACUGUCGAGGUUGUCGCUGAGUCUGGACCCCGACGACGGCUGCGGCCCUCGCUUCAGGCGUCGCUUGACGACGACCCUGCGGGGGCUCAAGCUGAGUCACCUGAAGCUGGUGAACGCGUACCCGUCAUGGCUGGGGCGCAUGGACUGGACAAAGCUCGCGGAGCUGCAGGUGACGGCUGCGGCGGCGGUGGGGGCACUCCCGGGCCUCACCAGCCUCGAGCUCAGCGUGGGCGCGGCCGCGCCGCUGCUGCCCCUGGGGGCCUGCCGCGGGCUGCAGAAGCUCACGCUCAGGGACUGCGCGGUGGGCGGCCAGGUGGCGUCGCUGCGAGAAGCCGGCAUCCUGCCGGAACUCACGAGCCUCGAGCUUGUCGGCAAAUGCAACGAAAAUCUGUCCAGCAACGAAAAUCCGGCGCAGGACCCGCUGGGGGCGGAGGCGCUCUCUGUGAUCUCUGAGGCGUGCCCAAAUCUCAAAUGUCUGCGGCUCGACAACCUCACGCUUGGAGGCGCGGCCCCCGCGGCCGCAGGCGCAGCCGCGCCGCCCGUGUUCAGCAGGCUGCAACAGCUGACCCUCGGAAACGUGCAGGACGGCCGCGGCGGGGCCGAGGCGUUUGACCUUGCGGCUCUCGCGCCGGCCCUGGUGCAAAUGACUCUGCAGAGCAGCUGGCCCAGCCUCGCGCGCGGCAUUGCCAGCCACCCGGCGCGUCCCCGGCUGUACUUCGACGGGCGCAGCCACCCCAAGUGGUGCUGCCUGUCUGAUACAGCAGCCUUCGCCGCGGCCGUCGGCGAGCAGUCUCACCUCGGGUGCGAGCUCAGCCUGGAGGCCUGCGCGUCUGAGGGCUUUUCGCGCAGGGGUGUCGACCGCAGCUGCGUGCACGAGUGGGUGACGGGCUGGCGCUGCGUGCGCGAGCUGGACCUGGGUGUGCAAGGCCUCGGCAUACACCUGUCGGCCCUGCUGCCGCACAUCGCGUCGACGAUGGGCGGGCGCCUCGAGUCGCUGUGGCUGGCGGGCUGCGAGGCCGACCCGGCGCCUGACGCGGACCGCACUCUGCUGUGUCUGCCGAUGUUUUCGCGCCUGCGUCUGCUGUCGCUGGACCUCGACGCGCGGGACGGGGAGCCGCGCAGCCCGUGCUUCCAGGACGUGUGUGCCUUGCUGGCGCCGCUCACUGUGUCGCGCGAGGCGUCGUUACAUGUCGGCCGGUUGCCAGAGGGUUUCGCUUUGUUCCUGCCUGUGGGGGCCGCGGUCGCGUGGGAGGGCUGCCAGGCGCUGAUGGCACAGGUUCCCGGGGUCAAGAUUGAGCUGCAGUGA